GACGUGUUGACAUAAGUCACAGUCACUAUGGAUCCACACAUAGGCCUGUUGGUGAUUAUACUCGCCGGAUUCCAGAUCGCUCAUUCAGGUCGGAUCAGACGACAAAUUCCAGGCAGUGAUUUUGCCUUGACCUUUGAUUGGGAUGACCCUCUGCGGCCUUUAACCGAAGCUGAUUAUUAUCACUCCAGAGAUGCUGCAGCCUUUGCCCCGAUGAAUGCGCCUGGUGGGCGGCCAGGCCAUUCCACCUCCACCGACACGUGUAGCGACAUCCGGGGAGUCCCUGCGCAGUUAAGGAGCGCAAGCAACAUCAGACCGAGUGGAUUGUCGUAUUUCUACCAGAAAUAUACAGAGGCGUAUGGGAUACCCGUAUUAGGUUCCGUUAACGUCCCCGACGACGCUCUUCGCCGCGCCUGUUACGUCCUUCGCUUCCUCCUCGCCGACCACAGCGGUGUGCGGCAGUCCUACUACCGACUGUCGGGGAGGGUGGCAGUGAUCGGAGCUCGGGAAGGGACGGUGUCCAUUCCGGAACAUGCUUGGCUUGGCGCCUCCUGGAACGCCCGAGCACGUGGACUUGGGGCGACGGAACACGCCCCCGUGUCAACAGGAGGCGAGGAAAACAUCCUUUGUUACAAUACGGACAGGUAUCGGUUCGAGGACAUCUUCCUGCACGAGUUCGCCCAUGGCAUCCAUCUACUCGGUGCCAAGUAUGCCAUCCCAGGUUGGCAGAGUCGUCUACAGUCGCUAUACUACCAGGCCAGGUCUGCCGGUAGGUGGCGCAGGACGUACGCCAUGACCACAGUGGAAGAAUACUUUGCGGAAGGGACACAAAGCUACUUCAACGUCAACGCUUACUCCGCCGUCCCCAACGGCAUCCACAACCGCGUCAACACCCGCGAGAAACUACGGCAAUACGACCCCCAGCUGUUCUCUCUGAUACAGGAGGUAUUUCCCUGCGGGAACACGUACCUCAGAAGAUGUAUGGCAACCCGCAAUGCUGAGAGAAGCCAGCGUCUGAUGAUGGACUGCAACACUGGGGGCGGCGGCACUGGAAACAAAACCGAAAUCGGAACCGGAACCGGCACUGGAACUGGAACUGGAACUGGAACCGGAACUGGAACCGGAACUGGAACUGGCACUGGAACCGGAACCGGAACUGGUUCAGGCAACUGUCUGGAUAGGAACCGCAACUGCAGGUCAUGGGCUUCUCAAGGGGAGUGUGGCUCCAAUCCUCGCUACAUGCACGUGUACUGUAGACAAAGUUGCAACAGAUGCUCAGGAGGCGGAGGAGCAGGUGGAUCCUGUGUGGAUGCAAACACCGACUGCAGGAGCUGGUCGAUGAUGGGGGAGUGUGGACGGAACCCCGGCUACAUGUUGUCCUCGUGUAGACGAAGCUGCGGUCAGUGCUGACCAUGUCAUGAAAUAAACCAAACAACAUG